UUAGUGAUACUCAUUACAGUUUAUUGCUGGUCAGAGAUACUAAUGGAUAUUUUGAAAGUGACCAGGCUGUAACAGCAUCAAAUAAUGUUUUAAGAGGAAUGUGGAUACUUUCACAGGUUCUGACUUAUAAGCCGUUGUGGUAUGAAUGGAGUGUCGGAAGUUCGGAAUUCAGCACGCCUCUUGGCAUAUAUGAUAUACAAGAGGAGAAGGUUUGGCAAGAUGCCGGGCAAUUGCAUGAUGCUAUUUAUACCAUUGAACAAGGUGGAGAGUACUUACACAACACAUUGUCAUAUGCUGUAUUUGUAAGGGUUUGGUAUUCAGUCAACACUUAUGCUAUAUUUAAGUCAAAUGGAAUAUAUGUAAUGACUCAGGCUCCAGUGGUAGCGUCUGUAAGAGGCAGAUCUGUGAUAGAGCGAGUACAAGGGACUACAUUCAAGGAUCAUGAUUUCAUGAAAAUGGGACGCCCAAUAACGUUUGAUUGGAACGGCAAAUUUCUUGAAGCUGAGGAGACUAUCGAAAAGUAUCGAUUGUAUCUGAGUACUUUUCCAGGAGGACAUGAUAUCAUGAAGGUAAACGAAGUGAUUCCAGGAAAAGAAAGUGGCUACAAUAUGUCUAGAAUCAUUCUUACACCAGGGGUUAUCCAUUAUGCUAAUGUUAUAGCAUACAAUUAUGCAGGAGCCCAUACUACAUCAUCCUCGGAUGGGUUCAUGAUUGACUACAAUCAUCCUACUGCAGGAAUUGUUUAUGAUGGCCAAGGUAAAAAUGACCUUGAGUACCAGAAUUCCUCAGAUGUGGUAGCAGCCCAUUGGCACGGGUUUAUCGAUACAGAAUCUGGUAUAACAUCAUAUCUAUGGUGUGUUGGAUUAACUAAUUUUAUUGGUAACAGUCCCACAAAGACGGAAUGCUCAAUCCUGAGUUGGACGAACGUAGGACUUCAUGUAUCAGCUUCGAGAAAUUUGACAUCUGAUAUUCCUUCAGGAACAAAAAUAUAUCAUAAAGUAUACUCUGUUGAUGGUGUUGGUUGGACAUCUCCGACCGUAGUAUCCGAUGGUGUUACUGUAGACACAACUCCACCGGUACCACACAAGUUCGUUCUUUUAGGCAUUAACUUCGUUUCCAACCCAUCUUUUGAAAUAACUGGCGGGAAUGAAGUUCCCUGGCUUAAUAUCAGUUCAACAGAUAUUUGCAACAUGGACUUUACCUACCAUCCAUUGAUGUGGUAUAUUGAAACUUAUUCAUGUAUGGCCGUUAUUUCUUCUAAUGUUAAUUUAGCAAAGGACGGUGGAAAAUUCUUAUAUAUUAGAGGUAGUAUUACACAGAAAGUGGACAAUAUUACAGAAGGGAAGACGUAUCAAGUGACGUUUUACUCGAGCCAUUUGUCUUUCGUAGAUUCUUCCUUAGCCAACAAGGAAGGGUUUAUACAGUUGAACAACGAAAAACACGUGUUUCUUAUUUACACUAAAAGUUAUCGUCAAGAUAGCAAUGGUGAUGUUGACGAUCGAGAAGAGCUUUCCUGGCAUAGUCAUACGUUUUAUUUCACGGCUGAUAUAAAUGAAGCGAAUAUAACGAUUGGCAGUAUAGAUCUGACGACAGGAAUAUUUCUGGAUGAAAUAACUGUACAGGAAGUGAACGUUAGCACGGAAAAUAUAAGUGGUCAUGUUUUAGGCCAUGUUGUUUACUUACACGAUUGGAGUUCCAUCCAUGGAGCUUGGAGUUUUACAGACCCGGAAUCAUCAAUUAUUGAUUACAAAUGGUCUAUAGGCUAUUCAGAAGGAGGCACACAAAUACAACCUUUUAGAAGUGCUGGACUGAUGAAUUUCGGCAUCAAUAAUAAUGUCACGCUUGUACACAACACAAAUAUUUACAUAACAACCGUUGCAAUGAAUGCUGCUGGUUUAAGAGCAGUGUCGUUUUCUAAUCCAGUGUUUGUAGAUCUUACACCACCUGAAAUUAACUAUGUAUAUGAUGGGAGAGGAGAAGAUGAGGAUGCAUGGACAAUAAAUGAAGUUGCUGCUAAUUGGGCAUUUCAAGAUGCAGAAUCCGGAAUAAAGCACUGUGAAUGGGCUAUAGGAUAUUCACCCGAGUCGACUGAUCUACUACCGUAUACAGAUGUGACAACGAAUACAGCGUAUAUGGACUUCCCCUACAGCGUAUUAGAAAACCAUACAAUUUACACUACGCUACAUUGUGAGAACAAUGCUGGUUUGUUGUCGUCUAAGUCUUCGGAUGGCGUUAGAAUAUCGAACAGGCCUCCAUUGUCAAAUUCAGCAGUGGUAGAGAUUAUACCACUAUCUAGUACUGAGUUCAGUGCUGAGGAAGGAUUCCUAGGAGUCUCUGAUAAUGCCAGAUUAAAAUGGUCUGGAUACACAGACAGCAUUGGAAUAGAAACAUAUGAUGUCGAAUUUGGUACCAAUAAAGAAAAAAUGUUCUUCCCAAAAAGUCAAGAAAUUCUGUACAGUCACUUUACAAAAUUAUCACUGGCAGAUGAGCAGCAACAAUUUGCCAUAAGGGCAAUAAAUACGCUAUUCCUGAAGUCAGCAAUUGUUCAGAAAAACAUUUCAAUAUUUACACAGAACCCUCAGGUUGAAAGUACUCCAUUGACUCUGUCUUGGGUAAACAAUGAAGUAGUAGUUUCGUGGAAUGGAAUUUUUAAUUCAGACAGUGAUUUAUAUUACGAAGUGUCUGCGGGAACUACAGGAAGUAGUGUCAAUAUUCUUCAAUGGCAAUUUACCAACCAGACUAGUAUUACAUUUGGGAUUCCUGCGACAGUUACAACAACAACCGGACUGAAUGUCUUCCUAACAGUAGGAGCAGUAUCUGUUGGAGGAGAAUAUAUAAUCAAAACGGGGAAAAUUAUUCUCCCAUAAGCACUACGACCAAAAGACAAAUAUUAGAUAUAAUCACGUAUUUCAUUGUAAAACCG